GUCAACGACUACGCUGGGAGCGUGGAGCAGUCGAAGCCGCCAAGGAGCAGCCAGGCCGUCCAGCUGCGUUCUCGUUCCGUUUGCCGGCCUGACGGAGAAGGAGAGUGCCUGCGAAUUUCCUGCCAGUCGAUUCGGUAGUUGGUGAUGGCGACCGCCGACCCCGCCCCCGCUGUGGGCAUCGACCUGGGCACCACGUACAGUGUGGUGGGCGUGUACCGCAAGCGCAAGGUGGAGAUCAUCCAGAACGACGCCGGCAAGAGGACCACCCCCAGCUACGUGGCCUUCACCGACACCGAGGAGUACGUCGGCGAGGCGGCCAAGGAGCUGGCCAACAAGAACACCCUGUUCGAUUCGAAGCGCCUGCUCGGCCGGCGGUUCGAUGACCCCGAGGUCCAGAAGGACUUGGAAGGCUGGCCGUUCACGGUGGUCAACGACGGCGGCACUCCCAAGUACGAGAUUGUGAAGGACGGCCUGCCGCAGAUGGUGACGGCCGAAGAGGUGUCGGCCAAAGUUUUGGAGGGCAUGAAAGUGACGGCGGAAGACAGCCUGGAAACCACCAUCACGAAAGCGGUUGUCACAGUUCCGGCCUACUUCAACGACUCGCAGAAACAAGCCACCAUUGCUGCAGGCCAGCUGGCUGGGCUAGAUGUGAUAGCCAUCUUGCCUGAGCCUACAGCAGCUGCCAUGGCUUUCGGAUUUGGCAAAGGAAAGAACUCAACAGUAUUGAUAUUUGACCUUGGUGGCGGAACUUUUGAUGUUAGUGUUCUCAUUAUACGGGGUGAUAAUUUCCAAAUCUUGGCUCACGGAGGAGAUACCCACUUAGGAGGGCAAGAUUUUGACUCCAUCCUGCUGGACUUCGUCAUUGAAGACAUUAAGCAGUCACUUGGGGUCACCAUUAGAUCAGAGGAGGAGCCAGAGACACUGCACGAGCUUCGUGGAGCCUGUGAAUUGGUGAAGCGCAAGCUGUCCACCAUCCCCCAAGCCUCCAUCAACGUGUUCCUGAACCGCCACGGCAAGGGCUACAAGAAGGACAUCACUCGCGCUCUCUUCGAGGACCUGUGCACGCCGUACUUCAAGAGGGCUGUGGACAUCUUGCCCACCGUGCUGACAGAAGCCAAGGUCAGCAAGGAGGAUAUUGAUGAUGUUGUGUUGGUUGGAGGUUCCACUCGAAUCCCCAAGGUGCGCAAUAUGGUACAGGAGUUCUUCAACGGCAAAGAGUUGAACAAAUCUGUGAAUCCGGAUGAGGCAGUCGCUCAAGGUGCAGCCAUCCAUGCAGCAGCUCUCACAGGCCAGAGUGGAGCGAAGCAGGUCGUGAUGCAAGAUGUGACCUCCCUGUCUCUGGGCAUAGCAUUGGCAGACGGGCUGGUGGCUGUUCUUAUUCCACGGAACACGCCACUGCCUUUCCAGAUCACAAAGGGUUUCACCUCAGCCAGUGACAACCAGGAGGAGGCUGAAUUCAAAGUGUGCCAAGGGGAGCGAGCCAGGUGGGAGGACAACCACGUGCUGGGCGACUUCACGCUGAGCAUCCCUUCGCUGCCCCAGGGCGACGUGGACAUCGCCACCACCUUCUCGCUGGACGCUGGCGGCGUGCUCACCGUGACGGCGCGGGAGAGGUCCACCAACGAGGAGGCCAGCGUGACGCUGCACAGCGAGGCGCGGCUCAGCGACCGCGAGCUGCAGGAGAUGCUGCGGAAGGCCCAGCAGCACCGCGCCCAGGACGAGGAGCUGCGCGACAGGGCGAGGCGCGAACGCUACCGAGUGUAGGCUGUGGCCUUGGAGACGCCUAGGCACCUUGAUUCCGAGCAAGACACUCGUUGCUCUCUCCCUCCGUGCCCUCUAUGCCUCUCUCUAUUUCCCUCUCCCCCUCUCCUCCACCCCCUGUCCCUCCCUUUCUCACCUUCCCCUACCCCCGGUCCGUCUCGUCUAAGGGAGGCCACCCAAUAAGUGUGAGGGAACAGAGGGGCCCACCCUGUUUGGAAUCAAACUUCCAGUGGGUGUGCAUUGUGCAAAGUGAAUACUGGUCCAUCAAAGUCUUUCCAAUGAGUAUGCUGUUGAAUUUUGCUCAUUAUGAUCCUCAUCUUUUGGACUGUAUUGUUCUCAUUCAAAUCGUUACCAAGUGGACUGCUAGAGGUGUCCCUCUUUUUUCAAUACUUUUCCUCUGUGGGUAAAAGCGUUUUUGUACCUUUCUUUUUAACUGCAUAUCAUAGUUUUCUUUGUAAUCAGAGAGAAAUUAAAAUAAAUCACCCUGUUAUUUGGUUGUUGUAAUGUGA